GCUGUAGCUGCCCCGGGGUGCCAGGAGGGGUGUGCUGUAGCUGCCCCGGGGUGCCAGGACUGGUGUGCUGUAGCUGCCCCGGACCCCCCACCCACAACAACACCAGCCGCCACAUGCCAUAACAACGCCAAGGCUACAGUUAAGGAUUUGCACCCAGUAAAUCCUCCCCGGCCAGGAUACGAACCCAGGACAAAGUGCUCGUGGAACGUCAGGCGAGUGUCUUACCAUUACGCCACAGGAACUGCUUAAGGCGAUAUCUUACCACUAUACCAUGGGGAUAAGGGAACUCAAGGAGGUUUUCACACUAGUGAGAAUGAGGGGUCAGAGGAUUUUGCUUUAAAAUAAUUCCUGGGCCACUACUGAGCAGAAGUUGCUUGUAUUACGAUGCAUACAUGUUGAAUUGGACAGCAGAAGGUUCACAAUGGAAAAGCCAUGGUCAUACCCCACAACUAGAGCCUAAAACAGGUGAAUGCAUCUCAGGAGAGCAAACCAAAGCUACAUUACCAAGACACUAAGUUGGAGGAGCGAAACAGCAUGGAAUGGUUGUGGCGGAGCUGCUGCAGCUGCUGGAGGAAUGAAGUGCAGGAGGACGAAGAGGAAAUCUGCAGUACUACCGCUUCAGAACUAAGCAUUGAUGUUAACUCGCAGCAAAACUCUGAGACAAUGGGACAGACAGUAAGCCGAAUAGCUGAUUUACUGAGGCCAAAUCGUUCAGCAGAUGGAGCAUCAUCAGAUGUUGACGACUAUGUUGACACUGCACAUAAAGACACUGACACCACACAGGAUGACUCUUCUUCGCCCCUCAUCCCUGUAACUAGUUCUCCCAAAUAUCCUCUUGCAACCCCUCGUAGCCCACUUCAACGUGGCAUCAGACGUCUCACCCCAUCUGAAAUUUCCCCGAUAAGCCCUCCAUCAAAACGUCUCAAGGGGGAUUUUCAGUACUUGGAUUUCCCUAUUUUAAAGGAUGAGGAAACUAUCAACUUUAUUUUAAAAAGCAAGGUUAUGUUCAUCUUGAAGGGUGUGCCAGGAUCUGGAAAGAGCUUCUUGGCAAAGAUGAUUAAGGAAGUGUAUGAGGAUGCUGUAAUGUGCUCAGCUGAUUUGUAUUUUAUGCAAGAUGGAGAGUACAAGUUUGACAGAGACCAGCUCAAAGUGGCUCAUGAAUUUUGCCAGCAGAUGGCAAGUGAUGCUGCACAGGAGAACUGUCAUGUCAUUGUUAUUGACAACACAAAUGUCCGCAACUGGGAGAUGAAGUUUUAUCUUGACUUAGCAAAGGAAUAUUUAUAUAUUCCUCUGGUAUUGGAGCCUCAGACACCAUGGUCCACAGAUCCAGGUGAACUUGCUGCAAGAAACUUGCAUGACAUCCCAGAAAAAAUUAUUGCUCAGAAGGUUCAUGCCUACCAGCCAGUUCAGCCACUAUACUAUGGAUGGUUUAUGAAUGAAGUGGACUCGAAGAGGAUAUGUUCAAUAGGACAGGAGUGGUUGCAACUAGCCCUCAAGGUUGAUGACUUUUUUGAAGACUUCUCGCAGAACACACAACUACUCUCCAGUGAAGAAAUCCUCCAAUACUUCUCUCGGGAUUCUUUUGUUGAUGGAGGCAAUAUACUUCACUGUACAUCCAAAUUUACUGGGCGGGGUAAACCGCCAGGGGCACUGGAAUAUAUAAACAGUUCACAUGUUAGAAGUGCCAUGGGCAGGUGUUUUCAGCUCCGCAUUAUUGGCUUUGUUAUUACACCAAGAACAUUAGGCGCAAGGCUAAGAUUGACAGAAGAACAGUUAGAACUGUGGGGUAAUAUUGAUGAUGAAGAGCCUCCUGCAAAUAUAGCAGAGCCCAUGCAACAAAGAAAAUAUGAUACAGGGAGUGACAAUCAUAACUGGACAGGCCAGGAUGACACGAGUGAGAGUUUUGAAAAUAAAUUCAGCAAUGGUGGUUGUGAGCCAACUUUUAAAGUGGUAGAAUCUUACUUCAAGAACGACAGAUUUCACCCAACAGUUGGUAAAGGAAGUCGAGCACAUUUAACUAUUGCUUGUGCUCCUGGGAUUAGACCAGUAAACACAGGAUUUGAUUUAAUAAAUGUUGUAAAAUGUGAACAGAGGGCACUUGCUAAAGAAGGUUUAGAUGGAGUUCAAUUGUAUGAUCAGAAAGUGGAAACUUAUACUAUUCCUGGAGGUGUAUUAAGAACAUAUGGUGAAGGAACAUGGGUUAUAUACCCAGACAAGGAAGUUACAGUGUGUACUAUGUUUUCAGCAUGUUACUAAAAAGAGCUUUUGUUGUUGCACCUGCAUGGUUCAAAAUGAUGUCAAGAUUUUUAUAUGAUGACAAAUUCUUGCUAGGACAAUUUUUUACUUUGAGCUGUGUUCCUUCUUAUGUCAAUACAUUACAGGUAUAUAAAGAACCGCAUAGCAACCACAUAUCACACUGGAUUUGCAAAGUAAGUUUUCUUUGCAUUUUGUACUUUUUAAAUCUAUUGUUGCAAGCCUUUAAUAGAUCAGUAUGUUAAAUUUUUGUACCAUCCACGCUAGUCAUUAUUAACAUCACUACCACACUGUUGUUUCUCACUGUUAUUGAUCAAGAGGCAGUUAUUUCUUAAUUUUAAAUUUUUAAGUUGUUGGUAUUAUAAUCACAUAAUUUUAUAAAUUUGUAAUCGAUAUUGCUAAACAUUGUACCUGUAGUGUUUUAAAUAACUAGACGAGGUACCUAUCAGUGCCCAGGUUUCCUUUCCUCUUUCCCAUAUUCCCUUUCUGUUCUCCUGUUUCCCCACCUCAUCUUUCCAACUAGCUCCAAGAACCUGGCCUUCAACCCCUCCCCCCCCCCCACACACACACACAGCCAAUCUAUAUCUAUAAAGUAUUAUUAAUCAGAUCUGCAAGCAGUCAGAUGCUUGACCCAUGGGACAUGAGAAGGACCCUUUUGAAAUCAUUUAGUUCACACGGUGCCACAUUACACUACAGUAUUCUUUCCAUACAUCAGUGUUUUAAUGUACAAUAUUUGUAUUAUUCCUUUUCUUCUGACUGAAACCAAAUAAUGUGCUGUGCUGAAGGUACCUGAAAAUGGUUACUAGUCACGGGUUUUUAUGUAUUUACUUAUUUCAACAUCAAACUUUUUAAUAAUUGUUUAAAGUGUAAACAUGGGAAUUGUAUGGAAAAUUUUCAUAUUUUGCAGAGGAAAAUACAUUGGUGUGGGCCCAUGCACCUGUAGGCCCAUUGAUAACUGUCUUUAGUGGUCACACCACAAUUACAUUUUAGUUAUCUUAUAGAAUAAAAAUCUUUGUUUUACUUGUGAAACAAAUAGUUUAUGUAUAUUCAGUGAAAUUUGGCUGGGUGUGUUUAUUUAAUAAUAAACAUAACUUGAA